UGGCUUCACAUUUCAAUGCUGGAUUAUCUUAACUCAUCUUCGAUUUUGUUUAUUAUAAUUUUAGGCUCAUACAUUCAAAUGAACGUGUUAUGCAAGUUAGUGUAGUUUAUAUCAUUUCUAGCGUUAAUAAAAAUUUUCUUAUAGCAGAUAAAUCUGAAAGACUGGAACUAUGAAGAAUCUCUUAAUUCUUUCCUUCUGCGUACUUUUUUCAAUUCCUGGAGGAGGAACUAAUCUGAAUAAACCACCACACAUUAUCAUAAUAUAUGCUGAUGAUUUGGGAUGGAAUGAUGUGAGUUUCCAUGGCUCUCCAGAAAUUCCGACUCCUAACAUAGACGCCUUGGCGAUGAAUGGUAUUCUUUUGAACAACUACUAUGGAGAAAAUUUGUGUACACCCUCUAGAGCAGCUCUUCUCACUGGAAAAUAUCCUAUUAGAUUAGGUCUCCAACAUGGUGUCUUAAAAGGAGGAGAGGCAAGUGGCCUACCACUAAAAGAAAUCACUCUACCGCAACAUUUGAAAUCAUUGGGCUAUUCCACUCACAUGAUUGGAAAAUGGCAUCUUGGAUACAUGACAAAAGAAUAUACGCCAACAUACAGAGGAUUUGAUUCCUUUUUUGGAUACUAUAACGGUAUAUUAGAUUACUACGAUUAUACUUCAGAUACUAUUACUGGACUUCAUGAUAUACCUUACUAUUAUGGUAUAGAUCUUUACAAUGGAUCAAGAUUGUUAAGAGAUUUUCGUGGUCAAUAUGCAACUCAUGUUUUCACCGAAGAAGCCAGAAACAUUAUUUUGAAUCAAGAUCAGAAAAAACCCUUGUUCUUGUACCUUGCACACUUAGCAGUUCAUUCAGGCAGCAGAUAUAAUCCCGUGCAAGCCCCUGCGGAGAUAAUUAGAAAAUUCAAAUAUAUCAAAAAUUUAAAUCGCAGAAUACAAGCAGCCAUGACAUCAGUAUUGGAUGAUUCUGUUGGCGAAAUUAUUAAAGCUUUACGUCAGAGAAAUAUGUUGGACAACAGCAUAAUUGUUUUUGCUUCUGACAAUGGAGGACAGGUAAAUGGUUUUCAUGGUGGAUAUUCUUCUAAUUAUCCGUUGCGGAGUAGAAAAAGAACUCUAUGGGAAGGAGGGGUUCGGUUACCUGCUCUUAUAUGGAGUCCAUUAUUGAAAUUGAAGGAAUCUCGAGUAUCAAAACAGUUAAUGCAUGUCUCUGAUUGGCUACCAACUCUUUAUUUUGCAGCAGGAGGGAAUCCAGACAACUUGGGAAUUUUGGAUGGCCACAACAUGUGGCCUUCACUUGUAGCUGCAAAGCCAUCUCCAAGAACAGAUCUACUUCAUGGAUUAGAUCCCAUUGUCGGUUUUUCAGCGUUUAGAAAAGGAGACUGGAAAUUAGUCAAUGGAACCAAUGGGGAAGGGUAUGAUGGUUGGUAUGGUCCAACAGGUACAGAAAAUAUCAAUGUCACAGAAUCAAUGGAUAAAUGGGUAUUCAGCAAAGGAAGUGUUGUCGGAGACAUUUUGAAACAAACAGAACAUUGGUUAGUGAAAGACGUUGAUAAGUGGUACAGCGAGUCUCUGGUUCAAUGCAACAAGUACGAGAAAGAAAAUGCUUUUGACUCUUUUCCACAUAACAAACCCAGCUUAUUUAACAUUAAAGAUGAUCCAUGUGAAUAUCUUAAUUUAGCUUCAUUUUAUCCUGAGAUAGUUGAUGCCAUGAUGGAAGAAAUAAAACUGUAUCAAAAAGUCUCAGUUGAACCUCAAAGCAAGCCGGGAGAUAGAAAUGCAAAUCCAAUGUGUUAUGGUUUUGCCCAUGUGACUUGGAUGGAACCGGAGUUCUCUGCUCAAUAUGAGCAAUGUGAUUUUUCUGACCAAAUACAAGAUUCAUUAAAUAAUAAUAAUGUUAAUAGUGAUACAUGCACUCUAAAGAAACGGAAUAUGAUCUCUUAGCCAGACAGUUUUAGAUGUGUAGAAUUCAUAAUGAACUGUUUGCAAAUAAAUACUGUUACUAAUUUUAUCCAUUUUAGUAGGUCACAUUGUUUCAAUACUUCAUAAACUAGACAGAUGUAUUAAAACAAAGUGGUAUAAUUAGUUGAAAGAGCAAGUGUCAGAUUUCCUUCCUCAGAAUACUACUGAAGUUAGUUAGAUGCAUUAAAAAAAAAGAACAAAUGUCAGACUUGAAUCUUUAGAGUACUUCAGAAACAAGGCAGAUGUUAUUAAAAGAGAAUGAGUUGAAGGAACAAAUGUCAGACUUGAAUCUUCAGAAUACUUCAGAAACAAGACAGAUGUUAUUAAAAAAAUAAGUUAAAAGAACAAAUGUCAGUCUUGAAUCUUCAGAAUACUUCAGAAACAAGGCAGAUGUUAUUUAAAAAAAAUAAGUUGAAAAAACAAAUGUCAGACUUGAAUCUUCAGAAUACUUCCGAAACAAGACAGAUGUUAUUUAAAAAAAAUAAGUUGAAAAAACAAAUGUCAGACUUGAAUCUUCAGAAUACUUCCGAAACAAGGCAGAUGUUAUUAAAAAAAAGUUGAAAGAACAAAUGUCAGUCUUGAAUCUUCAGAAUACUUCCGAAACAAGGCAGAUGUUAUUAAAAAAAAUAAGUUAUAAAAACAAAUGUCAGUCUUGAAUCUUCAGAAAACUUCCGAAACAAGACAGAUGUUACUUAAAAAAAUAAGUUGAAAGAACAAAUGUCAGAUUUGAAUCUUCAGAAUACUUUGGAAACAAGACAGAUGUUGUCAGACAGACAGAUGCAGUCAGACUUCCAUCUUCAGAAACAAAACAGAUGUAUUAAAAUAAAGAACGAGUAAAUGUCAGAUUUCAGACUGAAGCAUCACGCCAACAAAGUGUUUUAAAAAUAUCGCAGCACUUUUUGAGAAUGCGGUAAAAUGAGGAUUGAGAAUUGAUUGAUAGGGUCAUGUUAAACGAUUCAUAGCGAUUUUUAAAGAAAAAAUUUACUAAAACCAAUUUUGUUAAAUUAAGCUUUAAUGGUGGCCCUGAUUAAACAGAUCUGUGUAUGGUGUUGAAUUCAAUGAAAUAGGAAAAAUUUUUGGUGAGUAAAUGCGAUUAGGCGCAUUCUUAAGGAUGUUCCUGUGAAGGAACGGCAAGUAGAUGUAAGAAAGCGACUCAAAUUAGUAUAAAGUCCAGCUACAAAGAGUCGUCUAUGCUCAAACCAUAACAGCUGAAUUCUUUAAAGCGCAUGCUGCAAAUGCAUCUUAUGUGUCCGCUUUCAGUUUUAUAGUAGUGGAAAAUAAAGCCUGCAUCCCGACAGAGUUCCUCAACACAAUACGAUCCGUUUACGCAAUUUAUUGACAAAACGUACAAUUGCUUUUGCACAACCGCGGUACUCAUCUGAUCAGGAGUUCGUAGACUUUCUCAUGUUUCCUGGCCUUAAGGACUUUAAGUGCGCAUGUUUUGCAGUCGUUUUAAAACAGACAUUUGGGUCUUAAUCGAUUCUGAAAGACAUCUUGUUCAACUCAUUUCAACAAAUGUAUCAUUAAUGUCAAAUGUGUAUAGUGACCAAUAAGUGUUACUUUGAAAGUGCGCAAAAAUAUCUUUUUUUUUUUAGUUUUGACUUUAUUUCCUUUAUGUAUCUAAUUUUUAGAUGCGUCUUGUAGUUCAAUACGUUCAUGUGAAACAAACAUAAUAAAAAAUUAUUUUUUAAA